AUGGCCCUCCUCGCAAAACUCACCCUCCUGACCAUCCUCGCCCGCCUCUUCAUCCUCCGGCGCUCCCAAACCCUAACCGUAUACCUCACCAUCGCCCUCACAACAAUCUACUACAUCACCAUCCUCUUCAUCAAGAUCUUCAUCUGCAACCCGGUUUCCACAUUCUGGACGUCGCCCAACAACCCACACAACCCUAACUGUCUCUCCGAGGGGGCGGUGUUUCUCGCUGAUGCGAUCAUGAGCGUUAUCACAGACCUGGCGAUCUUACUACUGCCCAUCGGGUUGAUGUUCCCGUUGCGAUUAGGCGUGGUCAAGAAGGUGAAAGUGGGGGCUAUGCUGGGGUGUGGCGGGUUGGCUGUGGGAUUUAGUAUUUAUAGGGUUGUGCUGGUGGUGGGCGUGGGCGUGGGUGGGUUGGGGGAUAGUCAGGUAUACGCUAGAAUACUUUUGUCGGGGAACGCGGAAGGAGGUUUCGGGCUCAUUUGUAGCUGUAUCCCCGCGCUGCAUAUCUUAGUCUCGAGGGUGAAGGCGAAGAUGAGGAAGGGGUCAAGGUCUUCUGCUAUUGCGUCUGGGGAUGGGAGUGGGAGUGGAAGUGGUGGGAAAAAGAGGGAUAGGGGUGUUUCGAGUAGUGGGGGCACGGCGGCGCCGAUUGUUAUUACCAGUUCGCCGGAGGAUGUGCUUCAUGAUCCUGGGGGGUUGCUUGCUUCGUGUGAUGAUGGUGAUGAUGUAUAUGAUCAGAAUGAAGAAGGGGAGGGGAGGGGUGAGAAGAAAGACAGCAGGGAUAAUAGGGAGGAAGGCUGGGUGUAA